GGCGGCAUGAUGGGUGGCAUGGGUACAUCCAUGUCGUCCCGGAUGGGCGAGCAGACCUCUGUCUUUGCGAAAAUGCAGGGAAUGAACACAGGGAUGCACGCCGGAAUGGGCAGCAUGGGCAAUAGCAUGGCCAACAACAUGGGUGGCAUGGGUGGCAGCAUGGGUAUGGCUCGCAAGGGUGGCAAGGGUGGCAUGGCGGGAAUGGGGAUGACCGGCAUGGCCAAUAUGGGUGGCAUGAUGAACUCCGGCAUGAGUGGUAUGGGUGGAGGCAUGGGCGGAGGCAUGGGCGGCAUGUGUGGCCAGGGGAUGCAGGCCAUGGGGGGGAUGGGUAACAUGGCCCAAGGCAAUGAGAAGGGGAAGAUGGGCUCAGGAGGAAUGUGUGGCAUGGGCAUGGGGCCCAUGGGCAAAGGCAUGGGGAAGCAAAUGGGCUGCAAGGGCGACGGCUCCAAUGGUUGUGGCAACCAAG